AUGCCUACACUCUCCGCCGCUUCUGGGGCGUCUUCUGGCACCGGCUGCAUGUCGUUCCAUUCGCGGCUUACACGCCGCCUCUGCCCAAGGCGCUUCGCGCUCUGGGUCUUCUUGCUUUCUGCGGCUGGUCACGCGCUGGUGAACUGGGUCAUGUAUCGCAGGGGGUAUGCAGCAUCCGAGUUCUCGUUUUUCGUCCUAAAUUGGGCCGUGUGCUUGUGCGAACAUGUUCUUGGCGUGGAUGGCAGGAGGAUGUCUGGCAGACUCGCCAGUAAGCCCCCGUCGACUGCUAGGCGAAUCGCCGGUAUCUUCUCCGUAUGGCUGUUCUUCUUUUGUACCGUACCGGCGUGGCAGUAUCCUGGAGUUUAUGAUAGGUCCUGA